CAAAUGAAUACGUGUUUAGGGUUAGGGUUAGGGUUAGGCUCGACCACUCACGACUAGCUAGCGCGGACGCGCGACUGCGCGUUCGGGACCGUGCUGCUUUAGUAGUAACGCCUUCAAUCAAAUGUCUUUUAGAAAAAGAGCUAAUUUUAGGUUAUUCGGCAACAAUGACAAGCGCAAAAACAACGGCAGCAACAAUUACAACACCAACAAGACUAAAAACAAAGACAACAACUGCAUCAUCAACAAUGAUACCAGCAAUAACAUCGACAUCAACACUAAAAACAACAGAUACGACAAUGAGGAAAAGAAAAGGCAGAAAAAGGAAAAACCUCAACAAAUUUGUUAAUAAAUGAAACAACGCUUUUCGAAACAAAUAGCGAUCAGAUCACGUGACAGCCCUCCCCCUCUAAUUUCAAAUAUUCUUCAGCGGGAAGAACGCCACUAAAAGGACCGCCGUCUUGUUUUGUGGUUCUACUGUGAAGAGCAUGAAAGGGUCAACUCUGCAGAUCCCUCUACUGAUGAUGAUGAUGAUGAUGAUAGCAUUAAUUUUCCCUGCAUAUGUCAAAGCUAACACAGCUUGCUGUUCAUUCCCAUGCCAGAACAAUGGAAUAUGUUCACCCACUGGGCGAAAUGGUUUUAUUUGCAAUUGCCAGAACAGUGGUUACUAUGGCACCAAUUGCGAAUACUCAACUUGGAAGCAUUGGCUCCUUAGUUUCUUCCAAUUGUUACCAGAAGACAUUCACUCACUUCUCGUGGGCAUUCCAGGAUUUGGGUGUUUACUAAAUAUGUUACCCUGUCGGAGCUACAUAUCAAGAUUUCUGAUGCAAUUCCGUAUCGGUGGAUACAUACACACAUUGAGUUACUCCAUGACUGUCACCAACGCCAAUGAUGAAUCAAUGAGUCUUCAAAUCUUGCCGUCAGUGCCAAUGAAUUGCCCAACACCCCUGGGUGUAGCAGGUGAAUCGAUUCUUCCACCAAUCGAUGAUGUAAUGUCCCUGUUUAUGCGGUCAAUGUUUAAACCGGAUCCAAUGGGUAGUAAUCUAUUGUUUGCCACCCAAGCUGACCACUUGAGCCAUCUCUUUCUCAAGACUGGUUUCUCUAGUCUCUCCGAAGUGUCUGCCAUGGGUUACGUGUACGGUGAAACAGACAGAGACAACUAUUUGUUACGGAACCACACCAAUGGUAAAUUGAAGAGUCAGAUCAUAAAUGGUGAGGAGUGGCCUCCCUUUCUAUUUGAAAGUCCGGUUGACAUGCAAUAUCCUACAGGGUUACCUCAAACAUCCCAGUUUGCUCUUGGGUAUGAAUAUUACAGCGUACAUAGUGGUCAUCUGAUGUGGUCAACUCUGUGGCUCCGUCAGCACAAUCUCUUCUGUGAUAUCCUGGUUAAUGAACAUCCAGACUGGACUGAUGAACAGUUACAUCAAGCCGCAAGAACUGCUGUCUUAGCUAUGAACAUAAAGAUUAUUGUGGAGGAAUACAUCGCCCACAUGGCCCGUUACUACUACAGUUAUGUCUACACUCCGGAGGCUGUAUUCCAAGAUGGUGCCCAGUGCAAAGAAUUCAUGCUGGAAGAGUUCAAGCUGCUUUUACAUUGGCACCAAAUGUUACCAGACCAAAUUGCUUUCAAUGGAACCGCUUAUGACAUGAAAGACUUUCUGUUCCAGUCACAGUUUCUCAUUCAAUUUGGAAUCGGUCCUUAUGUUGAGGCCCUCAUUAAACAGUCUGCAGGAAGGGUCACUCACCAUAACCAUGGUCCUGCAACUAUACUCCAUGCCAGAAAAGCCUUACUCCAUGCCAGAACAUUACGACUCCAGUCCUACAACAAUUACCUCAGACAUUUCAAGUUGAAAACCCCAAAGACCUUUAUUGAGCUGACAGGUGAUUGGGCCACAGCAAAAGAACUGGAAGAAUUCUAUGGUGAUGUGGAAGCAGUGGAGUUUAUCGUUGGUGUGCUCUGUGCUCGCAGAGCUCCUCAUGCCAUGUUCAACCUGAUGGUACAAGAGGCCGGCGCACUGCUCUCCUUACAGAGCCUCCAGUCCAGUCUCUUGUACAUGAAGGCCAGAGGACUGUUAGACAACUACGGCAGUAUCAUUGUCAACAAUAUAGUGAGUAUGGCCAGUUACGAAAACUUGAUCUGCAGCAACAUCAAACAGCCGUGUCCGUCAGUCACUCUGUUUGUCCCUUGGUGGGAUCACUAUUACGAAGAGUCUUUUAAUUUGGCUGAAUGGGAUGCUGAAGAAAAAGGCUGCGAGUUGAGCGAAUUCUGAAAUGUCUUGUUCAUCACUGUUUCAUAUACGCGUGUGUAUGUAUGUAUACAUAUGAGUUUGUGUGUGUGUGUAUGUGUAUAUAUAUAUAUAUAUAUAUAUAUAUAUAUAUAUAUAUAUAUAUAUAUAUAUACACAUGUAUAUAUAUAUAAGUAUGUACACAUAUAUGUAUGUAUGCAUAUUUGGUAAAAUAGGAAAAUAGAAUUCUCCAGACAAUUGUUUUUUAAUAGGCUCACAUUUUUUAAUAGGCUCAGGUAAUGUAUGGUAAGAAGCUUGCUUCUCAACCACAUGGAUCUGGGUUCAGUCCCACUGCAUGGUACCUUCGGUAAGUGUCUUCUACUGUAGGCUCAAGCCGACCAAAGCCUUGUGAGUGAAUUUAGUAGAUGAAAACUGAGAGAAGCCCAUUGUAUAUAUAUCAUCAUCAUCAUCAUCAUCGGUUAACGUCCGCCUUCCAUGCUUGCAUGGGUUGGACGAUUUGACUGAGGAGUGGUGAACCAGAUGGCUGCACCAGGCUCCAAUCUGAUCUGGCAGAGUUUCUACAGCUGGAUGCCCUUCCUAAUGCCAAC